GACAAGUAUUGCUUCAGGACAUCGACCCAGAAACAUGCUGGUUGUCCAACAACAACUAGAACCCAGCCUCUUGACGAGAGUGGCAUAAAAGCCUUUACACGUCCAACCAUGGCCAGCUGGAUUUCGAAGAUGAAUCCCGAUUGAAAUUCAAGUUCUAAGAAACACGUAAACAUCAACAACCACCUAGUAUCGAAUCUGAAUCGAGAUCAACAAGAUGCCUAUCCCAUGGCUCAGAUUCAAGCGGCAGGGGACGAAGCCGACUCGCAGGUCGACGUCGCCGCCCCCUGGCCAAAGUCAAACCCCCAGCUCAACCUCGACCGGAGUUACGACCUCCGCACGAUCUUCCAGAGUCUCCUCUAUCGUCAUACAAACCCGUGGCACAGAGCAGGUGACUGCAUGGUUGAACGGCCAAACGGACGACGCCAUCGUCGCCUUGCGUGACGAGCAGCAGCGUGCCGUUCAGGAAAAACGAAAAAUCCCACCGACCCAAGGGACCCAAGCCGUACUGCGAUGGAAGGACUCGCCAUCCCCGAACGCCCUGAACGAAGUCCUUCGGGCUCGUGACAAGGCACGCUCCGACACCCUGUCCAGGCGACCUACGACGCUCCGUCCCCCGCCACCGACCCUGCCCAUGUUGGCCUUCCAGCCCCUGGGUGAUAUGAUCGCCGAUGCUGGCCUUGGGUUCGACGACAACGUCGAGCCUAAUGACCCCAAGAAGACCUGUCCAGAAACCCAGCUUGGCGCUUCCUUGAAACCGAAAUCAGCAGGAAAGCGCCCGGAGAAGGAAACACGCCCAUCCCCGAAAGAGGCUCCCCCUAGGCCCAAAUCGCGCCUCUACAUUAUCCCCAAAAUGUAUCGUGAGCCAAUCCGAGACUUUUCCGACAAGGAAGACGACGACGACGACGCGGACAUUCUCCCCCUAGCUUCUGGACUGCCCAGCCGGGCACGAGAAAUCGAGAUUCCCUUGCGUUCAAGCGCCACAUCUCACCAGCAAACGCAGGUGGGACGCACCAGGAAUGUCGACGACCACGAAGAAGAAGAAGCCCAAACCCUCCCCAUUAGAGCUGGUCGCAUGAUGCGUAGUCGAAUGGUGGACAUCGAAACCAGGACGGUAAGUUUGAACGUCCCCGAGAUGGAUAUAACUGACGAGUCCCGGCCUAGGGCUCCCGCAGGCAGCACGAUCCACGAGGAGGCCGAAGAGGAGGGUUCCAGCACGGAUUUCAAAUACGAGAUGCUGCCGGAGGCCGAGGAGGAGGAGGAGGAGGAGCAAGAGCUGGAGGAGGAUACCGACACGGAUCUCGAGUACGAAGCUGUGCCGAAGGACGAGGGCGAUGGUUCCGACGCGGAUCUCAAGGACAAGACUGUGCCGGAGGUCGAGGAACCCGAGCCUGCCCCCGUCUACCAGAGCCGCUGGUCCCCUGACUCCAGCGACGACGAACAGCAGGAAGACGAAGAGGAGGAGGAGGAGCAUGGCAGCACGACAUGUGGAGUUUCCAUCGAUAUAACACCACCCACCCCGCCAUCUGCGCCUUCGCCGCCACCCACUAACAGAAGCAUGGAGCAGGAGGACGACGACGACGACGACGACGAAGAGGGCUUCCAUGCCUGUCUCGAUGCUUGGAGCCACAUGUUAACGAAUCAUUCUUCCGUAACACCGCCACUUCGCCAGCAGCAGACUACUGCUGCUGCUGUUCAGAGCACCUCAUCAGCCCCGUCCGACGAACGACCUCCUCAGGACAAUCGGUACCUCACCGUUCCCCACAGGAGCUCCCGUCGUCCUCGCGCCUCGGAAGAAUGGCAAAUCUCGGUCAUCGACGAUGACAAUGAGGAUGACAGCGACGACGAGUAUUACUAUGACGAAGAAGGCACCUGUCGCCCCGACUCUCCCAGAGCAGCCCCUCACCUCACCCUCCUCAAGACGGCGCUCUCCCUCCCGGAAUCGACCCCCUUCGAGCGUCUGCGCACCCUGCUAGCGAGCAACGCCUCCAUCGCCCGCUACCUCGUCCUCAACCUGAUUCCCUCGCCGGCCUUGCCCCCGCACAUCAUCCCGCGCUCGGACGCCAUCGAGCCAAGCGAGCUCCGCGCCUCGGAAACGUCCCGCGACCUCUACGCCGGGGCCCUCCAAGCCCUGCUCUCCAUCCGCUGGCCCUCCGACGGCGUAGGCCAACAUCUGCCGCGCGUCCUGGAGGACGUCCGCACCGUGCAGGACCUGCAACGCCGCCUCCCGCCGUGGGAGAUCCUGCUCCGGCCCGACAUCAUGGAUGCCAUGGCCCUGGACCACUUGCGUAAGCUCCUCCCCGCGGGCCUUCGCGCCGAGAAGCGCAUGAGCUACGCCCACGUUGCCCGCCUUGCGCGCGUCAUGCCCCUUGCGGAGGUCGGCCAGUGUCCCGACACCGACCACGUCAUCUGCGCGGGUAAGGCGGAGCAGUUCGUCCGCCUCGUCGAGACGGGGGGGAUAACACGGCAACAGCUGCUAACUCCGGGGGCGGUGAGAGCCGUACUGGGAAUUCGGAGGGGGAAGGAAAGAACGCAAGAGACGGUCAGACGGCGGCGUUUGGAGGGUAAUGGUCCGACCCCGUUGCGUUCUCUUAUGUAUGAUGAUGAAAACUGAGUGACCGGAAGAGAAAUCCAAGUGCAGCCCAAAGUGGGAAAAAAAGUACAUACCCAAAAACAGAGAAGAAAUUGGGAUGGGACUGGGAUAAGAGCAUUAUGUAGCCAGCCAUAUAAUCCAAAGCAAAAUUACAGAGGGGUAUCUUGCUCCUUCUAUGUGCUAAUAGCAGCCUGAAUUCCGAUGAAUGCUGAGAAUAUGUCCAAAAGAUAGAGAGAGGGUUAUAUAUAUAUGAAAAAAAAAGGGGGGGGGGGGG